GCAUCCCUCCGCGCAUCCCCGCACCUCUCACCCGCCCCAGCAUCGCAUCCCUCUGCACUGCGCGGGUAUGGCGGGGCGGCCGCACAUCCUCUGCGGCGUGGUGGAAGGUUUCUAUGGGAGACCAUGGUCCAUGGAACAGAGGAAACUUCUCUUUCAAUGGAUGAGUCGCUGGGGGCUGAACUGCUACAUGUAUGCACCCAAGGAUGAGCUGAAGCACCGGCUGCUCUGGAGAGAGCCCUACACAGAGCACGAGGCAGCCUGCAUGCAGUCCCUCAUCAAAGCUGCCCAAGAGCAGGGUGUGGAGUUUGUUUUUGCCAUUUCUGCUGGCCAGGACAUGGUGUUUUCCAGUGCUGGGGAUCGGCUCCUGCUGCAGCAAAAACUCAGGCAGGUGGCUGCCAUGGGAUGCCACUCCUUUGCACUGCUCUUUGACGACAUCGACCCCUACAUGUGCCAAGCUGACAGAGAUGUCUUCCCCUCCCUGGCGAAGGCUCAGGCCUCUGUGGCCAAUGAGGUGUACCAGCAGCUGGGCCAACCCUCCAUCUUCCUCUUCUGCCCUACAGAGUACUGCAGCUCCCUCUGCACUCCCAGUCCCAGCCAGUCCUGUUACCUGCUGACCAUCGGGCAGGAGCUGCUCCCAGGGAUUGGUGUCAUCUGGACAGGCCCGAAGGUGGUGUCACAGGAGCUCUCUGCCACGUUGCUGGAGGAGGUGGAGGGUGUCCUGCAGCGCCGUCCUGUCAUCUGGGACAACCUGUAUGCCAACGACUAUGACUGCAGACGUGUCUUCCUGGGACCCUACACGGGACGUGCUGCUGGACUCAUGCCCAGGCUCCAUGGACUGCUCAUUAACCCCAACUGUGAGCUCCAGGCCAACUUCAUCCCCAUGCACACACUGGGCAGCUGGUUUCGGAGUGAGCUGGGGAGCUGUGCCCACCCUGACUGUGCAGGGGCAGAGACUGCAGCAGUUCUGGGUGACAGUCAUGACCCACGGGAGGGGAGCUACAGCCCCCAGGAGGCUUUGGAGCUGGCGCUGUGUGACUGGGUGGCUGAGAUACACCGACAGGCCUUGGAGCCAGGAGGAAGAACCCCAGGACACCCCAGUGUCAGUCUCAAGGGAGGAAUGAGACUGCAACCUGGCAUGGCAGGAGGACAGGAAAUCAUGCCUGAAUCCCAGUCCCAUGACUCUGUUCCUAGUGGGAAGGACCAGAACGGCCCUGAGCCCUGCAGCCUGGCACCAGGGGAGGGAAAGAGGAAGGUGACUUCAGAGCCAGAGAAAGGCAGUGGGAGCAGGACCACAACUGGUGGUCGGCAAAGCCCCACAGGUAACAGGGACCAGCUCACUACAGGGAGCAGAGUGAGCUGCAAGUCCUCCUCUGCUCUGCCCAGCACAGCUGGGAGUGCUCAGUCUGCAGGAACUUGGAUGCCUACUGAGACCUUCCACAGCCCAGGUGCCACCAUGUGCUGUAGCAAUGGGGCUAACAAGAGCCAGAACCUUCCCCUCUGUUCUGAUGAUGCCAGAACAGAGGAUGGAAGCUGCCCCCAGCCUGAGGCCAGCAGGGAUGACAUGGUCCAGAUGCCCCCAGGGCCUGGGGCUUAUGCCAACCCUGCUCCCUCCCCACUCACCGAUGAGUUUGGUGCCAUUCCUGGCCCCAUGGCACCAUUGACCCCAGAGGAAGCUGUGUCCAGCCCCAUGUCCCUGCUGACUGUGGAGAAAGCUGGAUCUGGCCCCAUGGUACCAUUGACCCCAGAGGAGGCCAGAACCAGCCCCACAGCACAGGUGACCCCAGAGGAGGCCAGGACCAGCCCCACAGCACCGCUGACCCCAGAGGGGGCCAGGACCAGCCCCACAGCACCGCUGACCCCAGAGGGGGCCAGGACCAGCCCCACAGCACAGGUGACCCCAGAGGAGGCCAGGACCAGCCCCACAGCACCGCUGACCCCAGAGGGGGCCAGGACCAGCCCCACAGCACAGGUGACCCCAGAGGAGGCCAGGACCAGCCCCACAGCACAGGUGACCCCAGAGGAGGCCAGGACCAGCCCCACAGCACCGCUGACCCCAGAGGAGGCCAGGACCAGCUCCACAGCACUGCUGACCCCAGAGGAGGCCAGAACCAGCAUCACAGCACUGCUGACCCCAGAGGAGGCCAGGACCAGCCCCACAGCACUGCUGACCCCAGAGGAGGCCAGAACCAGCAUCACAGCACAGCUGACCCCAGAGGAGGCUGGGUCCACUCCCAUGGCACCGCUGACUCUGGGGGAGGUGCGGAUGCUGGUGGAGCUCUUCUACCUACCCUACCAUCACGGGCCACUAGCGCAGCAUCUGCUGGAGCACUUUCGGUGGCUGAGGGCAAACAGCCUCAGCGUGGGGGUCCCAGCCACAGCAUCGGAUGCCUGCGGGGGCACACAGUGGCGUGGCCGAGCCCAGUCCUUCCAGCUGCUCUGUGCCCAGACGUGCCGCCUGCACAGCCACUUUGUCAGCAGUGCCGGGCGGGCACUGCUCUACGAUCUGCACCCCUACCUCUGGGACAUCCGCAACAUGCUGCUGGCCGCCAGUGCCUUCAUCCUCUGGCUGGAUGGCCAUCUCCUCUGCGACCCUGACCCCAAGGGCACCUGGGGGAGCUGCUUUGGUUGGUGCCAAAACAUCACAGCACCGAUUCUGCUGGGCAGUGAUGCUGAGCCCUGGGCACGUCGUGGGGGCCUCUGUGGAGAGCUGCAGGCACUGCUGCCCGUGGGCAACAGCUGUGACCUCUUCUACCACCCCCCUCCACUCUUCCCAUCCAGUCAGCUGUACGUCCUGCGCCCGCUGCUGCCCCUGGACAAGGGAGAGCUUUACCGAAUGUGCCGGGAGAGUUUGGAUUGUGACCCCAAAGUGGCAGAGAUCCUUGCAUCCCACCCUGAUCUCCUUGGUGACAGGCUGCUGGGCAGCUUCCUGAGCCUGAGCCCUGAAUACACCUUUGUGCUGGAGGAUGAGGAUGGCCCCUGUGGCUACGCAGCUGGAGCACUCUGUGCUGAAGGCUUUCUGCGGCAGCGAGACAGCAGUUGGCUGCCUGCCCUGAGGCACAAGUACCCUCGAGACCUGGAUGCUGCUUCCUCAGCUCUGGGACAGGAUGUCCUGGAGGAAGCACUGCUCUUCUUCCAUGCAGAGCCACCCACCGUGCCCCUACCCGUGCUGCGGCGCUUCCCCUCCCUGGUGCAGCUGGGCACAGCUCCUCGUGUGCUGGAUGUGGGUGCUAGCCGCAGCCUGGCCAUCUGCCUGCUGAGUGCACUCAGGGCCAACGGGUCCCGGGGCGUGUUUUGCCAGGUCAGUGAUGCUGACCGGCAGCAGCUGAGCUUCUACAGCAAGCUGGGCUUCGUCGCCCUGCCAGUGGCCUGGGGCAGCUCUCCUGGUGCUCGGCUCCUGGGACGUCUUCUCUGAGCACACUGUGCUGGGUGUGGGCAUGGGAAGGCAGUGCCAUGGGACAGACUGACACUCUUCCCACACAGCAACAACCUGAGAGAGCAAGGAGCAGAGGGGCAGCUUGAGUGGGGCAGGUACAUGUAAUGGGUGCAGAACAUGGUUUGGGGUGAGCAAGAUGUCACUGGGAUGUGUGCAGAAGACUUGUCUGUGAGAGUCCUUGGGCCACAGAGUGGUAUUUCUGCCAUCUCAGAAGAGUUGGGCAUCAGGGCCUCUCCACUUCUUUCCCAACUGUUCCUGGUUGCUGAGUACCCUCCACCUUUGCCAAGGAGCCAGCAAUGUCCCUAGGCUGUCUGCCAACCACCAGAAGUGGUAUUUAGAGUGGUAGUCUUGGAGCGUGGCACAGUGUUAGCCCCGAGGGAGUGUCCCUGUCCCACAGGAUGGGCUGUCCAGCGAUGUCCAUUCCCUCUGUGGCCUUAGGCUGGUCAGCUGGUCUCAGAGCUGGCUCUCAGCACCAAGGACUGAUCCAGUACAAACACAGUAAAGCAGCCUCCAUCUCUGCUGCCUGGGGGCUGUGGGAGGUGCAAUAAAGCAUCUUCUGGGGUCUCACCAUGGUUUGUCUC